AUGGAGUACUCAUGCAUCUUCUUUUUGUUCAUCAUUUUCACCAUUAAUGUUUCGCUUUCCAGUGGUGCUACAAGUUAUCGAGAAGUUGAGGACGAACACGAGUUUAACUACAAGAAGAACGAUGAGAAGGGACCAGAGAGAUGGGGGAAACUUAAACCAGAAUGGGAAAUGUGUGGAAAAGGAGAGAUACAAUCUCCCAUUGAUCUUAUGAACGAGAGAGUUAACAUUGUUUCUCAUCUUGGAAGGCUUAAUAGAAACUACAAACCUUCGAAUGCCACUCUCAAGAACAGGGGCCAUGACAUUAUGCUAAGAUUUGAAGGAGGAGCAGGAAGUAUUAAGAUCAAUGGUUUUCAAUACGAACUCCAACAGCUUCACUGGCACUCUCCUUCCGAGCAUACGGUCAAUGGAAGAAGAUUUGCACUUGAGCUGCAUAUGGUUCACGAAGGCAAGAAUGGGAGAAUGGCUGUUGUGACUGUGUUGUACAAGAUCGGAAGAGCAGAUACUUUUCUUAGAAUGUUGGAGAAGGCAUUAGAAGGCAUUGCUGUUAUGGAGGAGGCAGAGAAAAAUGUACGGAUUAUUGAUCCCAAAAAGAUUAAGAUCGGAAGUAGAAAAUAUUACAGAUACAUUGGUUCACUUACCACUCCUCCUUGUACCCAAAACGUUACUUGGAGCGUCGUUAGAAAGGUUAGGACCGUGACAAGAAAACAAGUGAGGCUUCUACGAGUAGCUGUACACGAUGAUCAAAAUUCGAAUGCGAGACCGGUUCAACCAAUCAACAAGCGCGUGGUUAACUUAUACAGACCAAGGGUUUAA